AUGUUGGUUUGGAAGUUUUACAACUCCGCUAUUUUCUUCUCAAUCGGCCCGGCAGAGUAUGCAGUGGUGAUAGCACCCCCUGGUCCGAUGAACGGAACUGGGUCGGCGUCUUGGAAUGGGUGCUUCGAAGAUGCCGUUGGCCUGGAUAUAGAAACGGUUAGAGCCGAGAUGAGUCGUUCAGAUCUCAAGAGACUUCCCGUCCAAGAGUGCAUUGACACUUUCGCGCAAGACUAUGUGUCCGGGCAAAGGAUGCUUAUUUUGGUGACGGACGAUCCAAUGCCGGACGGCGAACCCUUGGCGUUCAUGGGACUACCAAAUCCCGAUAGGCAAUAUUACGAUGGCGAUAGCUUCCUAUGGAUGUGUAAUAAUACUCAUGAUAUGUGCACCAAAGAUAUUGUGAAUGAGAUGGUUGAUGGAGAGGAAUGGACCGUCUACCCAGUUAUGGCACCUAUCCCAUGGAUACAAGCGCAAAUCCCCACCGAGAACGGAUUCAGGAACGUUUCAUGGGACUCUUUGUAUCCCAACACGCCAGAUACCAAACGCUUGAAAGAAGUUCUGCACCAAGCCAGCGAGGAUGAGGUGCAGGCUUCACUUGACGAUCCCUCUAAUUGGACCGAUGCUUCCUUCGCGGGAAAUGUGACAAUCUUUCAGCUGCUUCUCUUAAAACUUAUCUGCGCACUAUUGACCGCGCGCGAUGAUAGGGAGGAGUUGUUCCUUACAAUUGGGGACGCGAUCGCAUCUUACCUUGCUUGUCCAGAUCCUACAACAGAGGGAGGCUGUCUGCUGUCUAAGUGCCAGGUCGUGAAGGGGUCUCAGGGCUGGCGUAGAAAGGCGAAAAAGAAGGAUAAGAUGUUGGAUAUUCCAGUAUACUCAAAGCUUCCACUUCAACUACCUUCCCGAAAACGAUGGUUUCAAGUCAUGAGCACGGGACUGUGGAUCUCUACAAUCACCAUACCUCUCUGUAUAAUUGGCCCGGGCAUCUACGGUCUCACCGUCGCUACUGCCUUGUUUUCCAAUUUUUCUCGCGAAACCAUCUGGGACAACAGUUUGGGCGAAGCACGCCCAUCAACUUUAGUAGACAUGCCCGACGUACCCGGCGCAACGGGUACACUCGCCACGAUCCUCCUGCCCAAUGUCCUACAACUCUUUGCCUCAAUUGCCUACUUCAUGCUCAAUGCCGUGCUGACCUCUAUGCUCGGAGCCAUGGAAUACAACAACUACGCGCGAAAUCGAAAACCACUGCGCGUCUCCUGGCCCCGUGGUGCCCAGCGCUCUACUUACUACCUCUCACUGCCGUAUCGGUACAGCCUCCCGCUCCUCAUCGCCUCCACAGUUCUCCACUGGCUCGUCUCAGAAAGCUUCUUCUUCGUACAGAUCUCUCCCAUUGAUAUAAAAGACGAGCCUAUCUCUUUCUAUGGGUCUAACACAUGUGGCUUCUCACCUGUUGCUAUUUUGUUCGCCAUUAUCCUUAGCUGUUCGCUACUUCUCGUCAUAAUACUCCUGGGCCUGCGCCGCUUUGAGUCCCCGAUGCCGCUGGUAGCACAGUGUAGUGCGGCGAUUAGCGCCGCCUGCCAUCCUAUGACGUCCAGCAUGGAAAAUACCGCCAACCACGCGCUCAAACCUGUGCAGUGGGGUGAGAUUCCGGGCAUCUACUCGGACCGAGGCCCGAUGGUAUUAUCACAUCGGAUCGAUGGUGAUGAGGAUGCCAGUGGGAGAGAGAGUGGAAACGAGGAACUGCAACAUAUGCUACCGAACGCAGAACUUGCUGGUUUGACUCGCACUGGGGCUGCGAUAUCGCAGCUGUAUCAUUGUACUUUUACGUCGGAUGAUGUGUGUGAACCGAGGGAAGGUCGUGUUUAUAUUUAA